AUGGGGCUGUACAGGCUGUACGCGCUGGGCGCCGAGUCGCUGCCGCCCGUGCCGCAGGCGUUCGUCGACAGGCACGGCAUCCGGCCGGACGAGGCGCUGCCCAAGCCCGAGUUUGCCUUUGCCGCGCCGCGCGAAUUCGUCGACAGCGCGGGCAGGCCGCUCGGCGCUGGCGAUGAACACGUACGCGUACCUCGAGGAGCGGCUGUUUGCGCUGCGCGCCGGCGAGGCCUCGGUGCGCAUCGACCUGGCGUACCUGCCGUACCGCAUCUCGCACGACAUCGUGGCGGGCCAGCCACCCGUGCUGCUCGUCGCCGGCAACCGCAACCGCGUGCACCGCUACGCCGUCGGCUGCAAUGGCAUUUUGAGAUCGAGCCCGUGCUGGGCCCCAAAACCGGCAGCGAGUGCACGUUCACGGCCUUCGACGCGCGCACCAUUGGCCCGUACCACGUGCAGGUCACCACGCACCAGGAGUUUGCCGUCGCGCUGCAGGCCAGCGAGCAGGUCGAGGGCGGCGGCGGGCAGCACCCGGCGGCGGCUGCUGGUGGCCGACGAGGAGGUGAUGCGGUCGUCUACCACGACGUCGUCGUGGCCGGGCUCGACCCGGUGCCGACGCUGGUGGGCGGCGUGUCGGGCCGCAUGCCGGCGUCCGCAGCGCACAUCUCGGGGCGGCUGGGCGGGUUCGGCGGCAUCUUCUCGCUGGCCGGCAGCGCGCGCGAGGGCCUGAUCACGGCCGUGCACUUCGACGACCUGGACUACAGCGGCACCAGGGAGAUCAUCGUCGGCACCGUGUCGGGCGCCGUGCUGAUCUACAAGGAGGUGCCCGGCCGCGGCUACGCGCUCGUGUGGAAGCGGCGGUUCCCAGCGCCGGCAUACAGCAUUUUCAGCGUCGAUAUCAACUGCGACGGUGCCAACGAGCUUGUUGUCGUCACGCUGCUCGGCGUGCACGUCAUGCAGCCGGACCUGGACGCGGCGCGGCGGCGGCUGAUUGGCAGCCUGCUGAGGCUGGGGCCAUAA